UUUAAUCUUGAGUUUGAGUUAAAGUCAUCCAGGCCAAAAGUGCUCAUAGUUGAAGAAAGACACUUCAAUUUCAAGACGAAACCCAAAACUGAAAGCCCCGACCCUGGUGACGUAAUUUAAAAAAAAUGGCAGCGGCCUCAACAGUGAAAGGUAGAACAAGGAAGAACAGAUGACAGGAACAUGAGAGUCAGUUUCAUUUGUCCCGGAAACUCCCUGCCAGAAUGACUGAAAAUAAGUGUUCCUGUGAAGAUGAACAAGAUUCUUCGGACGACUACUUGGAAGAAACUUGUAUUUUCUGUACCAUCGCAAACGGCGACGACCCAUACACUAAAAUUUUGGCGGAAGAUGAGGACAUUGUUUGUUUCAAGGACAUUGAUCCAGGUGCACCUCAUCACUACCUGGUUAUAACAAAGAAACAUAUCCACAGCUGUUUGUCACUCCAAGCAGAUGAUAUAAAUCUUGUUAGGAGGAUGGCAGAGAUGGGAAGAGAUGUACUGAAAGCCAAUGAUGUCACAGAUUUUGAAGACAUCAGUCUAGGUUUCCAUGUGCCUCCAUAUAUCACCGUCCCCCACCUGCACUUGCAUGUUCUUGCACCUUUCAGUGAAAUAUUUAUAUGGUCAAAGGAAAAGUAUACACGCUUCUGGUACCUCACUGAGGAGAAGUUGCGUCACACACUGACAAAGAAUAAAAAGUCGGAUGAUCGGAAAAGGACAUGUAAUAAAUGCUUGCAACCAUGUGGAGCUAUGUGAGCCUUAUGAUUGAAGAAACUUGAAAUCACAAGCCACUUUAGAGAAGAUGAAUGAUCAUUGUUUGGUUUCAGCCUCAAAAGCCAGCCAUACAACGUUUUUAUUGUAUGUUUUUUUAACGCUAAAGUAUUUUUAAAAUGGGAAUGGAUGCACUAGAACUGAUUAUUACUAUUUAUAAAGCGAUAUUUAAGUGCAAUCUUAUCAAUAAGAAUUUGUUAUUAAAUGGAUGAAAAUUG